AGUUUUCGAACAACAAGAGUAAACAAUUGCAAGUUGGAGGACUCUUGAGUCGACGUCUGUUAUUUCCAAUGUAGCUGUUUACUCUCUUUGAGUAUUGGCACCAUCAUGGCAUUGAAAGGACUUGGUAAUCUUCCAGUAAUACGAAGAUGGAAUGUUACCUACUUCAUGGAAAGUGACAAGAAGUGGCUCAGAGGAGAUCUGGUUCUCUCCAACUUCAAAUUAUCCUUCCAAGAGUUACCUUCUGGAAGAAACCUCUUAACCAUAGAUCUAGACUCCAUUACAGAUGUGAAGUUGGAGAGGGCAUGGAUGGGGUACAAGUCUUUGGUGGUGUUGGCUGGAUCAAGGAAGUUCUGGUUCUCAUCAUUCAUCAACUCACAGUGUGUUCGGAAGGUCCUUCUGCACUUCAUCAAAGAAACACUGUUUAUUGAUCAGAAGACUGGUUGGACUGUAUCAACGGGAAAUGGAGGAGGGGGUGGUACCAGCAAACUUGGACGGGAGUUGCUGUCCAUUGCUCAUGACUCUGAGAGAACACUAUCUGAAGCAGCAUCACAGCUUGUCAACCAAGGGGAACAGAUUGAUGAUGGCUUUAAGACAAUGGAUCUUAUCCACAAGGAUCUAGGCAUUGCAAGGCAGAACAUAUCUUAUCUUGAAUCUUGGCUCGGUCACUGGCAUGUUUGCCUAGAUGACAUCCAGCCACAGGCAUCAAAGAAUCCUAACCAGAUGAUGCCAAUAAACGAGAUUCAAGAAUAUCCAAUUAUUUACAAAUUAAGAAAAAAUGAAGAGGAAUCGGGGUUGCUCAGGGUGUCUCCUGAUGGGGUUGCUGUGUGCAACGAACAAAGAACAGUUUUGCAGCUCACCUACAGAGAGAUAAGUGUUAUCAGUGUUUGCACCCCAUGGUCGUUCAUUAUCACAAGAAGGAGGAUGGGGGAGCCAGACAUCACAUGCCAAGUCACAAGUGCAAAGGUCAUCUCAAUAUUGAAGGUCCUAGGGUCAAAGGUCAAAGAGAAGAUAGACUAUGAUGAACCAGAAAGUGUUGAUUUCAUUUCUCAUCAGGUUGUAGGAGAUAGAGUGAACAAAAAGAAAGGACUUCUCUGUAGUCAAGAUUCAAGAGGAUCUUCUGAUGGUUUCCAAGAUCGGGGUGUAAUUGAGGGGCAGACACAAUUAACUUGUUCUUCAGACUUGGUCACAGAGAGUGAAGCUGCUGAACUGAGCAAUGUACUGAAAGAUGUCAAGACACUGGCACUGGGCAUCAACACUGAGCUAGACUUCCAGAACGAGAAGAUUUCACAGCUAACAGACGAUGUCACUGAUGUCACAGAGGACGUUAGGAAGAACAACAAGAGAAUGCAGAAGCUUCUUUAGGUUCAUUGUAAUAGGGAAUAUAAAGAGCAGGUCAACCCUGAUCAGAAAUUGAUCGAAAUUGAAUUUUAUAAAUGAGACACACAAAAACUUUGCUAUAUUAGCUAGUAAUCUAAAUGGCCAGAAACCUCUAAUUGGCAAGAAGUCUGUGUAGGACAUAGAAUGAAGCAGAGAUACAUUUACAUUAUCUUAAAUGUUUACAGAGCAGAGGUAUAAAGACUUUAGUGGUCUGUUGGUAUAGGCAUUGGGUCAGUAUAAUAGUUCUACAAGCAUAAGAAGUACAUGAGGGCAAUGGGCUAUUUCACUAUCAUGAUAGUCCAAAUCACCACUAAAAUUCCCCCAAAAUGCAUACUUUGGGGCCACCAUUCUUUCCUUGCCCAAGAUCUGUCACAAACAAUAAAAAAGAAUAAUGAUAUUUUUCUGCAUAAUUGCUUGUUACCCAUAAAAAGUAGCUCUUUUAGUCAAAGAAAUAGCCCUCAGAAUUUCACAAUUACCCCAAUGUGGUGAAAUCAAGAUAGUCCCGAAAAAAAUAAAUGAUUUCCUACCUUGAGUUCUUCAUUGUAGUGACACAUUUUCAAAUCCAUCUUGUAUUGGAUAAUUGUUCAAUUAUGAAUUGAUAUAAAUACCGUCUAUGUGAAGGAGAACUGGAACAAAAUUACAGAAUUUAUGUAUGAAAUAAAUUUUAAAAAUCCAAACCCACUUUACUAUAUAUUUAGUUGGUCUGGUAGAUUUAAUGGUGGUAGGGGCAUAGUGACCACCAUGCCCCCCCAUCAUCAAAAUUGUAUGAAAGGAAAUGUUAAAUUUUAUUUCAUACUUUUUCAUGAACCAGGGUUGACAUCUGAUCUAUCUAGAAAUAGUUGUGACAUUUGUUGCCUUUCAUGAUAAUCUUAUUUUGUGAAGUGUGAAAUAUAUUGUAUUUUCUUACAGGUUGUCAUAUUCAAAACCUUUUAAGACACAGAGAAGAACCUGUUUAUUCCUAGCAUACUACAUAAAAUACACAAGAAAAUAUAUGAGCUCUUUAAGAAUCAACUCACUCAUAUACCUACUGCAUCCCAUGAUGAGCAAGCAUCUGUGUCACUAGUUGAUGCCCAGAAUCUGAGAAUCUGAUUUCAACUCAACCUUACUUAGCUGUUCUGGGUCCUGUAACACAAAGGUUAGCAAUUAAUGGUACAUUUUAUUUUCACGAUUGAUUGUACAUUGUAGUCAAUGGAAUCGAUCAUAGAAAAAUGUUCUACGAUCAUUGCUUAGUUUUGUGUUAUGGGCUUCAGGAGAGGAUGGUGAUUUGAAAAUUGCUAUGGACUGUAGUUAUGUUAACAUUUGUUGCUAACAGUGAUCCAAAUGUAUCACAUAUGUUGAAAUUUGUGAAAUAAUUCAGUCAACAGCCUUUUAACUUAAUGUUUUUUACAUAAUGAUAAAAAAUUGUAUAUUCUGGAUGCCUCCUGCCAUUUAUAAACCUAUUUUGUGACUUCAGCUUAUAAACACAAGAUAGAUUUACUUUAAAACUUGUCAUUUGAAAUUUAAUAUAUAUUUUUACAUUAAGUCCAUCUUGUCUCACUCUGAAUAUGAAUUGUGGACAUUAAUAAUUUUAAUACCAUAAGGGGAAAUCUAUAAACAAUUUUUACAUUUUGAAUAUAAAGCAGAUGAAAGGGUUGGAUAAAAGAGAAUAGUUUUAAACAUUUACAAGAUCCAUUUAUUCAAACACAUUUAGUGUUGAAUAAUACCUAAUUAAUGUAAGAGCUUUUAAAAAUGUUUACGUAUACCGUAAGAGUUCAUUAAACAACCCUAAACUAACGUUUGGUGAUCUAUAGCGGUGACACAUAACCUGAUAAUUACGGAAUUCAAAGAUGAAAAGCUCCGAUAAUACUUUUCCCAAAGAUGUGACUGCUAACACCCAGUCUCUCUUCCUCUCUUUCUUGUGUCAUUCCAAAGUCCACAAAUGUCCUGUCUUCAAUUCUUUUCAAUUCAUUGGCCUGCAACCUUAGUAUAAAUGCCUUGUAAUUUUAUAACCUCACUUGAUGUAAUACACACAUGAAAUUUCUCUGGAAAGGGCACUGUAUACAUCCAGAAGCCUUUUUACAUGUAUAAGGUUUAUCUGCAAUUAAGAUUAUAUUUGAUGCUCAAAUGUCAAUAAAUGAAAUAAUGAAUGCAAGGAGGUGAUGAGACACAAUCCACGAGGGUUGUAAAUAACUUGAUGUGGACCAAUUUCAGGCAGAUUUGAGCAAAAAUGGCUUUUGGGGACCAAUCAAGAUAGUAAUACUGAUAGUAGUUUGUAAAUGAAAUACUGUAAUAUAAUGUGAUAAGCAUUUAAACAUGAUAUUUAUGAAUUUAUAAAGGAAAACACAAAGCAGA